AGCUUCUGUGGUUCAUUCCGGCGCUUUAGCUCCAUUGAGCUGGAGAAAAACAAAAAUAGGACGCUGAACCUGUAGAACGUUUUCACGGAUAUUUUUAAACUCAAGUAGUCCUGGUUGGUUUUAUUUUUAAAUAUUGUUUGCAGCACAAAAGCUGGAUAAACGGUGAGAAAGAAAAAGCAGAAACCGUUAGCAGCUGGAUGUCUGAGGGGAGAGAGGAGAGCAGCGGAGCGGACUAGCUUAGCAUCAACACCGACACAGAUCCGGUUUCUGCGCCUGGUUAUCUCAUCAACGCUUAGAGUUUUAUUCUGGAGUGGGUUUUUUUUUUUUACAAGUUUAUCAGAUUCCUACAUCGAAAAAACCCAACAAGGAUCCGUGUGUGAAGUGAAGAAAGAUGUCUGUCGCGGGCUUAAAGAAGCAGUUUUACAAAGCCAGCCAGAUGGUGAGCGAGAAGGUUGGUGGAGCAGAAGGAACCAAGCUGGAUGAAGAAUUCCGAGACCUGGAGAGAAAAGUGGAUGUGACUAGUAAAGCCGUGGUGGAGGUCAUCUCCAAAACCUCAGAGUACCUGCAGCCCAACCCGGCGUCCCGUGCCAAGCUCUCCAUGCUGAACACCAUGUCCAAGAUCCGUGGGCAGGUGAAGAGCCCUGGAUACCCGCAGGCAGAGGGACUGCUGGGAGAGUGCAUGGCCAAAUACGGCCGUGACCUCGGAGAGGACACCAACUUCGGAGCUGCGCUGAUCGACGCCGGCGAGAGCAUGAAGAGACUCGCCGAGGUGAAGGACUCGCUGGAUAUCGACGUCAAACAGAACUUCAUCGACCCUCUACAAGGCCUGUGUGACAAGGACCUGAGAGAGAUACAGCAUCAUCUGAAGAAGCUGGAAGGUCGUCGUCUGGAUUAUGAUUACAAGAAAAAGCGCCUCGGCAAAAUCCCGGACGAGGAGGUGAAGCAGGCGCUGGAGAAAUUCCACGAGUCCAAAGAGGUGGCCGAGAUCAGCAUGUACAACCUGCUGGAGACUGACAUAGAGCAGGUGAGCCAGCUGUCAUCGCUGGUGGAGGCUCAGCUACAGUAUCACAAACAAGCUGUACUGAUUCUUGAAGAGCUCUCUGACAAACUGAAAGACAGGAUUCACGAGGCCCAAUCUCGUCCCCGCAAAGAGUACAUCCCCAAACCCAAACCAGUCUUCGACUUCGGAGAAACCAACGAGCAGUCGAACGGAGGCUUCACGCCCGUUUCUGCUCCACCCAUCCGGACCACAACUCCAGCGGAGCAGCCGUGCUGUAAAGCCCUGUACGACUUUGAGCCAGAGAACGAGGGCGAGCUGGGCUUCCGCGAGGGCGACGUCAUCACCCUGACCAGCCAGAUCGACGAGAACUGGUUCGAGGGCACGCUGCGCGGCCAGUCGGGAUUCUUCCCUCGCAACUACGUCGAGGUGAUCGUCCCUCUGUCCCGCUAAACCUCCACGACACAGAGACAGGGCGAAAGUGAAAGAGGGAAAGGACGGAGGGGUUUACGGAGAGCCACGUCAGAGCCUGAACUCUGGCACUUUGACCUCUUAUGAAGGAAAGAACUUUUUCUUCUCACAUUCCAGAAGAAGAAAGGAAGGACCGAUUUUACGAACGACUGACCACCAGGACCGAGACUGACCGCUUUAAACCUCGUAGAAAUAGUCAGACAGACUAACAACGUGACUUUAACGCACUUUUAUCAACCGUGUUAACUUUCACUGAACUGACGAUUAAACCCGACUCCAUCUGAUCCCGAUACACAC